GGAGCCCGCUGCGCCCGAGGCCGCCCCCCCUCCUCUCUCCCCCCUCCCCCGCUGUGUCCCCCCGCCUCCGUGCCUGCCCUCCGCCCCUCUGCCCCCGCCUCCGGAAGCGGGAGUCGCGCGCGGGACCGCGGUGACCAUGUCCUGACUGAGGGGAGAGGGCGGAGGCGGCAGCAGCGGGGCGGGCGGCGGCGCGGAGGGAGGCGGAGAGGGGCCGGGCUCGGCUCGUCACCGCGGGCUGCUCGGGGAGUCGCCGCCGCCGCCGCCGCCGCGGCCGCCGGGCGCCGAGCGUCGGACGGGGAGGAGAAGCAGGAGCUGGAGGAAGAGCCACCGCCGCCGCCAGGAAUAGCUAUGCACAGUCAUACAGAACCACUUACCACGUUUUGCAGUAUCUCCUGAGGAAGUCAGAAUCUGAGCCAGCAUGACGACUGAAUCUUGUCUUUGGUCUGAUUUAUAAGCUGUAAUUUUAUUCUUACCAUGUGCAAGGUGGAGGCUAUAGCAUGGAAACUAAAAUCUUACUUCCUGCCUGACAUAACUCACUUCAAGAAGUGCACAAUGUCAGAACGUGGAAUUAAGUGGGCUUGUGAAUACUGUACGUAUGAAAACUGGCCAUCUGCAAUCAAGUGUACUAUGUGUCGUGCCCAAAGACCUAGUGGAACAAUUAUUACAGAAGAUCCAUUUAAAAGUGGUUCAAGUGAUGUUGGUAGAGAUUGGGAUCCUUCCGGCACCGAAGGAGGAAGUAGUCCUUUGAUAUGUCCAGACUCUAGUGCAAGACCAAGGGUUAAGUCUUCGUACAGCAUGGAAAAUGCAAAUAAAUGGUCAUGCCACAUGUGCACGUAUUUGAACUGGCCAAGAGCAAUCAGAUGCACUCAGUGUUUGUCCCAGCGUAGGACCAGGAGUCCCACAGAAUCUCCUCAAUCCUCAGGAUCUGGCUCAAGACCAGUUGCUUUUUCUGUUGAUCCUUGUGAGGAAUACAAUGAUAGAAAUAAACUGAACACAAGGACCCAGCAUUGGACUUGUUCUGUUUGCACAUAUGAAAACUGGGCCAAGGCUAAAAAGUGUGUUGUUUGCGAUCAUCCCAGACCUAAUAAUAUUGAAGCAAUCGAGUUGGCAGAGACGGAAGAGGCUUCUUCAAUAAUAAAUGAGCAAGACAGAGCUCGAUGGAGAGGAAGCUGUAGCAGUGGCAACAGCCAAAGAAGAUCACCGCCGACUACGAAACGGGACUCUGAGAUGAAAAUGGAUUUUCAGAGGAUUGAGUUGGCUGGUGCUGUUGGCAGCAAGGAGGAACUUGAAGUGGACUUCAAAAAACUAAAGCAAAUUAAAAACAGGAUGAAAAAGACUGAUUGGCUAUUCCUCAAUGCUUGUGUGGGGGUUGUAGAAGGUGAUUUAGCUGCUAUAGAAGCAUACAAAUCAUCAGGAGGGGACAUCGCCCGUCAGCUCACUGCAGAUGAAGUGCGCUUGCUGAACCGUCCUUCUGCUUUCGAUGUUGGCUAUACUCUGGUACAUCUGGCUAUACGUUUUCAGAGGCAGGAUAUGCUAGCAAUAUUGCUUACAGAGGUGUCUCAACAAGCCGCAAAGUGUAUUCCAGCAAUGGUGUGUCCUGAACUGACAGAGCAGAUCCGGCGCGAGAUAGCUGCGUCGCUUCACCAGAGAAAGGGCGAGUUUGCUUGCUCUUUCCUGACUGACCUCGUGACGUUUACGCUGCCGGCAGAUAUUGAAGACUUGCCUCCAACAGUCCAAGAAAAAUUAUUUGAUGAGGUGCUUGAUAGAGAUGUUCAAAAAGAGUUAGAAGAAGAAUCUCCAAUUAUAAACUGGUCCUUGGAACUGGCUACACGUUUGGACAGUCGACUGUAUGCACUUUGGAACCGGACUGCAGGAGACUGCUUACUUGAUUCAGUACUACAAGCUACCUGGGGCAUUUAUGACAAGGACUCGGUGCUUCGGAAAGCCCUGCAUGACAGCCUACAUGACUGUUCACAUUGGUUUUAUACACGUUGGAAAGAUUGGGAGUCCUGGUAUUCUCAGAGCUUUGGUUUACAUUUUUCCUUGAGAGAAGAACAGUGGCAAGAAGACUGGGCAUUUAUCCUCUCUCUUGCUAGUCAGCCUGGAGCAAGUUUGGAACAGACCCACAUUUUUGUACUUGCACAUAUUCUUAGACGACCAAUUAUAGUUUAUGGAGUAAAAUAUUAUAAAAGUUUCCGGGGAGAAACUUUAGGAUAUACUCGGUUUCAAGGUGUGUAUUUGCCUUUGUUGUGGGAACAGAGUUUUUGUUGGAAAAGUCCGAUUGCUCUGGGCUAUACAAGGGGCCACUUCUCUGCUUUGGUUGCCAUGGAAAAUGAUGGCUAUGGUAACCGAGGUGCUGGUGCUAACCUGAACACCGAUGACGAUGUCACCAUUACGUUUCUGCCUCUGGUUGACAGUGAAAGGAAGUUACUCCAUGUGCACUUUCUUUCUGCUCAGGAGCUAGGUAAUGAGGAACAGCAAGAAAAGCUGCUCAGGGAGUGGCUGGACUGCUGUGUGACUGAGGGAGGAGUUCUCGUGGCCAUGCAGAAGAGCUCUCGGCGGCGAAAUCACCCCCUGGUCACGCAGAUGGUAGAAAAAUGGCUUGACCGCUACCGACAGAUCCGGCCUUGUACAUCCCUGUCUGAUGGAGAGGAAGACGAAGAUGAUGAAGAUGAAUGAAAAUAAUCAAAGAGCAGAAGAGCAAUGUGUCAGAUCUGUGGUGGCCUCCACGUCACUGCGGUGCUCCACGCAGAGCGCCUGGCACGAAAUGAAGCAGAUCUGGCAGGGUCUGCCGGGAAGGGUUUUUCCGAUCCACACCCGAUGGAGAUGACGCAUCUGCUGUGUGAGGAGACAGAGCUUCGGACUACAGUUUGUAAAAAAAUGAAUUUUAUUAAGACAGAACUUUUAUCCUUUCAAAUUGUAAAUCUGUCUAUAAAUGUUAACGCAUGUGGUUGUGUAAUAGGAAAAGUUGUACCAGCAUCUUCAUUAUUAUUGAGAAGUUUUUUCCAGCAUGGGCACCUCCAAAUGCACAUGGCAGAUCACUCUUUGUUCCUUUGAGAUAAUUCUUUUUAAAGUAGAACCUGGCAUUCUACUUCCAUCUUAAAAGAUCCAUUUUACAUUAUGUCUCACUAGAGCUCGUGAGAGAGAUGGAAACUUUUUGUACAAAUUAUCCACAGAAAAAAAUAAAAACAAGCUUUUAUUUUUAUUAAUAAUUUAGUUCCUGUUGUGCCCAAUAAAAUCAAAUCAAAUCUUUAAGGAACAAACUGUAA